AUGGCAGUCAGACAGGGAGAGACGGAGACCCUUUGCAAUUAUAUUAAGAGAUUCAAUGAAGAAGUCCUAAAGAUACACAAUCUCAAGGACGAAACCAAGUUCGCAGCCCUCUUGGCAGGUCUUCAGCCAGAUGACUUCAAGUUUGAAUUGGUCAAGUCCGGGGUAUCCAACCUCGAGGAAGCAAUGGAGAAGGCCCAAAUGCACAUUCAAGCCACAGAUAUUUGUAAGAUCAAUUGGGGUGGUGAGAGUGGAACAAGGCAAAAACAAAAGCUAAGACCUAACGGCAGCCACGACCAAACUCAGCCCUCCCUCAAAAAGUCGGUUAUGGUUGAUGACCAUGGUGAGGAUCCGAGGUACAACCGCAAUAGGCGGGAGAUUUACCUUGAUCUCAAAGGAAAAGACAUCCUCCCUAAGCCACCCGCAAUCCGUACGCCCGAAGCAAAGCGAGACAAGUCACUUUGGAAGAAUCCCCCAAAAGCAAAAGCCAAAGAAAAGGAGUCUCUUAGUGAUGAUACGGGAGACUACAUUGGAGUGAUAGCCGGAGGCUUGGCAACAGGCGGUUCUGUGAGCAAGGAGAAGGAUAGCUUGUGGGCACUGGAACAUCAAGUCCUAAAAGUGGUAUCGGCUUCUCAAACAGCCCCGGUGAUGACAUUUGGUGGGAACACUAGUCAUCCAAUUCAAGAGUCCCAUGACGAUCCGCUGGUCAUCGAGAUGAAAGUCGCUAACUCAACGGUAAGGCGAGUGUUAGUGGAUAGUGGAUCAUCCGCCGACAUCAUUACUCUAAAGUGUCUAGAAGGGCUCAAGUAUUCCAAAGAUGAUCUGAAAACCAUCUCCCAGCCACUCAUUGGAUUUGGAGGUCAAGGCGUCCAUCCUCAAGGCACCAUCAAGCUACCUGUCAGGUUGGGUCCUAAAAACAAGGGAAGACGGUUGUUGGUAGACUUUCUUGUCGUGGACAUCUCCCUGCCAUACAACAUCAUCUUAGGCCGACCUCUACUAAGCAAAAUAAAAGCCGCAAUCUCGGUGUACCAACUUCUCAUGCAGUUUGAGUUGGAAGAUGGCUCCGUGGGAAAAAUCUUUGGGGAUCAACAAGUGGGCAGGCGAUGCUAUGUUAACAGCCUCAAGAGAGGGACAAGUACCCCCAGCCCCUGGCCAAGAAAGCCAAGCCAGAAGGGACUCAAAACUCCUGAAGGCAAGCCCCUCCCUCGCCCAUGGAACACCGACAACCUUAGAAGGUUUUAUGUUCAAUCUCCUAAGAGUUUCUCCCUUUCUCAAAAGUACUUAGCUUUAUAG